AUGGACCCCGCAAGGCUGUGGAGCAGAAGGAAACGAUGGCUCCAAAAAGUUAUAAAGGUUUCCAGUCAUAGUACCGUUUGCGAUGUCCCAAUGCCAAAGCUCAAGAAGUCGGGCUGCGAGGUCCGACUCUGCUACCUCCUGUGGAGCAGCCUGAUGGUUACUAUCAAAGGUGAUGCGAACAAUGGCAGCAGACUUGAAGCACCAAAGAUUCUUACCAUUGAGAAGCCCGAUGCUAUGCAAAUGAACAGGGACCUGAUGCAAGCUUUCCACGAAGCGCUCGAAAAGGACCCCGCCGCAGAUCUCCUAUCAGUUGUUGGAGCUACAUAUAUGCGUGCCCAUCGAAGGGCCCAAUAUCAGGAACUCUCUGAGGCUGGCCGCUACAACCUCCGGACCAUAAACAGCCUCUAUGAUGAGGUCAUUGCUCACCCCGAAAUCGACUUGCAUGGUCGUUUCCCCUCAGAUUAUCCUCGCAGAUACAGAUGGGCGAUGCCGAGGAAACAUGAAAACGCGAAGGCUCUGCAGCAGCCAGAGAAACCUCGCGACUGGGUCCGGGAAAAACUUGAUGCCAUUGACACCGCCAAUAUUCUUUACCCGCUCUCCGACCAGGCUUUGACCCUUCCCCGAAAGUACUCGGAGACGAACAGCAAUUCUUAUGAAGCUUCUCUUGCGGCAUCAUUGAAAGCACUGAUUUUGCAUUCUGAGAUGCUCUUUGAACUCAGAAUUAGAGGGGUUGUGGUCAAGUGCAGCGACGAAAUUGUGGUCAAAGUUUUCCCCGAUAGCAGAGACCUCACUGAAUAUCACAAUCUCCAAUAUCUUGCUGAGCAUGCUGGCGAUCUUCCGAUCCCCAAGCCCCAUGGUUUGGUUAUGCUUGGGAAUCUCCGCGCUAUGUUCAUGUCAUAUAUUCCGGGAGUCACUCUUGACAAGGGGUGGCUGAGUUUAUCUCACGAAGCAAAAUUAUCUCUACAGAAGGAACUGGACCUGAUAUUUUCUCAACUCAGAAGUUUUCGGCAAGAUGAUGGACCUGUGCUUGGAGGCCAAGAUCUCAACACUAGUACUUAUGCUGUGACGGGGAUUAUUGAUUGGGAGGAUAGCGGUUUCUACCCUGACUAUUAUGAAUACACUACAUUGUCAAACGGACAGAGUAUUGUGACGGAUGAUGAUUGGUAUCUUUAUGUACCAGACUGCAUUUCACCCCUACGGUUUCCAAACCUCGGACUCCUCGCUGCGGAUGAGGGUAUUCCAUGCGAUAUUUUUGAGUAA